AUGUGCUUCUUUAGGGUCAGCCUCCUGCUCUUCCUGGUUCUUCACUCUCAGGUAGGAUUGUCCUCCAAAGAGCAAGCAAAGCGGGGCAAGUAUCUUUGGUGUUGUAGAAGGAUCUUCUUGGCAUUAAUGGUGGAGGGGCUGGGUUAAGGGUUUUGUAGGUGCAGAAGAGGUACCAACACAUGAACCAACUUUAUCACACCAGGCCAGGCUCUUCGUCCAACUAGUGUUUAUUAGUAGCAAUUCCCCAAGGCUCCAGGCAGUGAUUUUGCUGUGCUGCUGAAACCAGAAAUCCUUAAGGAUGGCAGCGGCUGGGUUUGAAUCUGGGAAUUCCUGCAUGCAAAGUACAGGUGCUGUCCCCCAGCUGUGUUGCCAUGGCCUUGUGGAAGAGCUGGGGUGUGGGGAUAAAGAUGAAGAGGAGCAUGAACAGAGUGUGGGGGAGAUGUGACCACCGAGUGAGCAUGGGAAUGUUACUGGGCUGAGGAAGGUUUCAUAAUAUUGGGCUUGUGUCUCUCUACACUGUACUCUACUGGCAGCAUAGUUGUUCAAAGCAAAUAGGUUUCGAGAAGAUAAGAGCAGUUGCCAAUGUUCCAAACUAAUGUUGAAUCAGCAAACAUGCAUUUCCUUUAAAAACAACCACCAGGGAGCACCAACCUUUAAACUGUAAACAGGGAUCUUGAAUCUUCCAUGGGCUGCAAAGCAUCUAGCCUUGCAGAGGGAUCAGAUAACACAAAUAAGGCUAGCCCAAGAGGUCAACAAGAUGGUGGCCAUGGGUGUGGGAGCUGUGGCAAGGCCUCUUGGCCCAUCUCCACUCUCAUCAGCUCAACCCUUGACUACUGCUCAAUAGAGGCUGCAAAACAGACUGGUUGCUACCUGUGGCAGGUCCAUAGAUGAAGUGAAAGGACUUCAGGUAAAUAACAAUUAUGCAAACCCAAUACUGACAUUUAAGAUAGAAGGAAGAUACUCUUGACAUAGAGGUGUGUCCAGAUUCCAGGACGUGUCUUCCUUCACAUGUUCCAGGAUGGAAUCCUGAGGUCCAGCACUGUCCUGUCCCGAGAUCCCUACAAAUCUUAAGGAGUGCCAAACUUGUCUUCACAUAGAAGAUGCCAUGGGAUUGGGCUCUGAAUGAGGGUUUUAAAAAAAAUAAUGCAACUCUCUUUCCCCCUUGCAGGUCUCCUUCCUAUUUGCUUGGGCAGACGUGCUGACCUUUCCAGAAUCCAGACUUGAUCUGAAGAGGCAGAAAAGGGAUUUGCAACUUCUGCCUCCAAUAUUGGUCAUGGAGAAUGGUAUCGGUCCCUACCCCAAGCGUCUGCUGCAGGUAUAGACAGAGAGGGCAACUGCCUCUUUCUCUUCAUGUGCCUUGAACAGCUCAGAACCACUAUGCUUGGAGGACUUCUUUUCCUCCUAUGAACCUGCUCAGAAUCCCUGUGUUCUACCUCUGAGGGAGGCAUAGAGGGAGACAACAAGAAAACAGACCUUCUCAGUUUUGACAUGUUCAUUUGCUACCAGGUAGGUAAAGAUGGCAUGACUUUCUACAGUGUCACUGGGACUGGUGCAGACAGACCUCCUCAAGGCAUCUUCAUCCUUGAAAGAGAGACAGGCUGGCUGAUGGUGACCAUGCCAUUGGACAGAGAGACCAAAGACAAAUACAUUGUAAGUCCCUUUGUGCUAGCUUCUGCCACCCUGGAACCUCCCAGCACCUCUUAAAACUGCCUUUGCCAACCUGGUGCCUUCCAGAUCCUUUGGACUACUGCUGCCAUCAGCCCAAGCAUCAUAUAGCUGUGCUGGCUGGAGCUGAUGGGACUCGUAGUUCAAAACUGCUGGAGAGCACCAGGCUGAGGAAGGCUGCUACGUGUUAUGGGGCAGGGAAAGAGUGGAAAUCACAUGUUUGCUGCUGCUUUAUGUCAGUUUUUGGGGAAUCCCUGGGAAGCAAUAGUAUUAGCAACCAUUAUUUAUGGGAAGGAGGAGAAAGUUCAGCUUAGUUUCAUUUUUGAAUUCUCAGCAUACAGUAUCUAAAUACUUUUUAGCCCCUAAUGUAAAUUCCUGGGUGCUCUCGGUGUGAAGAGAAGGGCAGCUCUACACUCUUGUGGGAAGGUGUCUGGGAGGGUGAGAGGCAGCUUUGGGGAGUGUCUCAAUUGCUACCCUGCUUGCUCUGCAGCUCUUUCUUCACGCUGUAAGUGCAACUGGGCAGCCUGUGGGGAACCGCACAGAGAUCGUCAUCAAGGUGCUUGAUCAGAAUGACAACAAGCCUCGUUUUACCCAGAGCAUCUUCCAUGGCUCCGUAGCAGAAGGAGCCCCGCCAGGUACGUGUCUGUCUGGUUGCACAUGCAUGAACGAACUGACUGUAUGGAAACCCCUAAUAUUUGCCUCUGAAUGCCCAUAUCCUUUGCCCAUUCUUUAUGGAAGGAGAACCCACAGGGGGAGGGGGUAUAAUAUUGUGUGCAAAACCCAGGCCCCUAACUGUGCUUCUUUCUACCUGUAUGGCCUGGGCAGUCACUACUGAGCCCACCAUAACUUGCAGACUGGCAUAAGGGCAGUGCAGAUCGCACCCAGCUGCUGCACAGUUUGCAGAGGCUAAGAGGUAAUUUUGGAGCUGUCUGGGGCAGAGUCAAUUUGACCUCCAAGCUGGGAUGAUCUGGCUAUGUUGCGGGUAUGUGUGUGAUGCACUUCAGAAGCUGAACUUUGGACUUUUGUGGCACACACACCCAGGUACCUUUGUGACACAAGUAUCAGCCACUGACAUGGAUGACGCUGUGAAUUCCUACAAUGGGGUAAUCACCUACUCCCUCGCUAUCCAGACCCCCACAAAGCCACAGAGCCAAAUGUUUGCCAUUGAUAAUAAAACAGGGGUCAUCAGCUUGAACAAACCAGGACUUGACAGAACGGUAAGUGGCUGGAUCCUGGCUGUGUAGGGAGAGGGCAUGAUUAAUGAUGCUAAAUUUCCCCUUUGAGGCAACCCUUGGCUCUGCUGCUGCGCUCUACUCCUAGUGGAAACACUGGGCCAUAAGGCACUGGUGGAUUAGAGGCUAGCUGGGGGGGACAACGGACCAAGCAGGAUGGGGAGGGGCUUGCAAGGGAUUUCUGAAAGAGAAGAGGGAAGGCUUUGAGUCUGGAGCAGAUGAACAGCAUGACUGCCGCCUUCCAAUAUCUGGAGGGCUGCCCUACAGAAGAUGAAGUGGACAUAAGCUGUACACAUUUAAAGCACAUGGCUUCCUCCAAAGAAUCCUAGGAACUGCAAGUUUGUCAAGGGUGCUGGGAAUUGUAGCUCUGUGAGGGGCAAACUACAUUUGCCCAAAUCCUUUGGGGGAAGUCAUGUGCUUUAAUGGUAUGGUUUGCAAGAAUUAAGCAUUUUCUUUUCACAUUUUCCUAAUAAUAAGGGUGGUCUACCACAGGCAUAGGCAAACUUGGCCCUCCAGAUGUUUUUGGUCUACAACUCCCAUGAUCCCUAGCUAGCAGGACCAGUGGUCAGGGAUGAUGGGAACUGUAGUCCCAAAACAUCUGGAGGGCCGAGUUUGCCUGUGCCUGGUCUAGCAUAACAGCUGUGUCCCAUUUCAGUUUGCUGUAUCUGGAAGUACCCUAGUGAGUUUAAAGUUUCCUCAAGUUACUUGGCCAGUGGGGCUCUCAGGAUCUUAUACAACACUGCUUUGCCAUGUGGUGCUUUGAUCCCCUUUGCCCAAAUGCUAAUGGAAUUAUUUGUUUACAGGUAACCCCCCAAUACACUCUGAUCCUGCAGGCUACAGACUGCUUAGGAGAAGGUCUUAGCGCUACAGCAACAGCAGUGAUCCAAGUAAGGACUGGGAACUCACAAAUACUCCCGGGUAACCAUGUGACUGCUCCUAUAUCUUCAUUUUUGCUCUUGCUGAGGCAUGACAGUAUUGCCUAUUCUCCCCCAAAAUGCUUGCUGCAUUUUACUCCAGUGAGAAGUCCCAAGAACUUCAAAUGCAUAUUUUACAGAUGAGGCUGAGUAGAGAUGGAGAUGGAACCCUCCCCCCUUGCCAUGAAAUGAAUUGGGCCCCUUUCUCAUGUUUUCAGGGGGCACCUGGCUGAGCCUGCCCUCGUGGCACCAAAAGGGUUAAGACUUUCUGCUGAGUCAUGACAGGCAGGCAGCCUGCCAGUGGAAGGCAAGAAGGAAGCGGAGUUAGAAGGGGCUGCAUCAGAAAUGCCCCAGAAUGGAUGAGAGAAACCAACUACCACAGAGGGAUGGAGGAGGGAGACCCCAGGUGGUGAGAGAUCCUAGGAUGGUGGGUGGGCUCAGCCCAAGAGAAGGGAAAGCCUUCCUGCUUUGAUGUUUCAUUGGGAAACUUAGCAAGGGGGUGGGAAUGUAUAUUUCUGGCAGCUCAAGAAAAACAAGAAGCUUGAAUGCCACACUCUUGAUUGUCUUGGGGAGUUUCCUGGCAUGUGCCAGAAAGUAAAGGAACUCUGUGGCCAGGGAUCAAAUGUUUAAGAAGGCAGUGAAAUAAUACAUGGGGCAGGAAGGAGAGCUGCCACUGUUCAGUCCCACCUUCUGGGUGGAGAGGGGUCAUAACUCAGUGUUCUUAGGUUCAUCCCCAACAUCUCCAGAUAGGGCUAGGAAGGACCUCUGUUUGAAACCCAGGAGUACUGCUCUGCCAUGCUGAAGAGCAGAGGAAUGCACUUGUCAGGCAGGGCUUCUGUCAAGAGGCUGGUGUUGUAAGGCACCUGCCCAGGCCCAUCCUGACACAGCCAGUGGGGACCACUGCUGACCUUCACUGCCCUUGAACUUCCUCUGCACCUUCAUUACUUGCUCACCUGCCCUCUCUGUACAAACAGUGGCAGGCACUAUGUCAAGCUGCAGGGCUACAAUUUGGGCAAAUGAAUGGGCAGUGUGGACAGCAGCAAGCAAGCAAGCAGGGUCUGCCGAGGGCAUCUUGUCUUUAACCCUCCCCCCAACAAAGCAUCUCACCCAGGAGCCAGCAGAGUUUGUAUUUGAACACACAGCUGGUGGAUGGGUGAGAAGUGGGUGGGGUGGGGUCCGCCCUCUCUCCCCACAACCACAACACCUCACAGAAAGCCCCUGUGCACACAGCACCUGGGAGAAAAAGCAAACAUUUAAAAACAGGAAAAACUGCUGAGGGCAGCAAGAAAGAGCUUGGAAAAUAAGGACCUGCUGCUGAGGGUGGCAAGGACAUCUUCCUUUGGGAAUCGAUGGACCUAGGAAACUGGGAGGGGGAGGAACUCAUACAGAGGCUUUUGCUCCACCCGGCUCUCCAUUCUGAAUCCCAGGUGGCUAGUUCAGAUGAGGUCCACCACGCUUUCCUGACUGUCCACGCACUGAACGUGCUCACCGGCCUCCCUGCCCAAGGCCUGGCCAUGCACUUCUCUAAGCUGGAGGAUCCCCAACGUCCGUGGGCAGAGCUCAUGAGGAGGUAGGAGGGGAUGAAGGGGGACAAUCUCCCUCCCUCGGUAGGGCUGGGGCCAUUGCAGUUUCAGCCUCAUUUAUUCCGUUCCAGCAAGACAAACCCUGAUGGGCGCUUGGACAGAAACAGCCCAAUGCCCAGGGAGCUGAAACCUGGCACCUAUAAGCUGCGCUUUGAGACGAGGGAGUACUGGGAGCAACAAGGAUACAGCAGCUUCUACCCUUAUGUGGAAGUAAGUUUGGUUCCCAGAUGAAACUCACACCUGGGAGGGGGGGAGGCUCCUUCCUACAGGACUGAUGAUGGCAGGGACCACCACUCACUGCCCUUUGAGGGAUGUAAUUCCUGGCAGGAGAAUCACAACGUUGGAAAACGGGAGAAAUCAGCAUAAACGUCACAUUAUGAAGGCUGCACGCCGUGAAGUCCCUCAGAAACCUGCAGGAAGAGGCCUAGGUGGUUGGUAGGAGAGCUAGAUGUUGUGCUAUGGGACAUCCCUGAAAGAGCACAAAGCCAGAAGUGUGCCAGGACUGGGCAUUAGGGGUGCUCCGGACCAGGCAUUUGUGCCCCUGACAAAUGUCUUCUCAUGGGCUAGGCCCAGUGCAGCGAAGAAAGGAUCUCAGACCAAAGAGCACUACCAACCUCCUGCUAUUCCCCCCUCCCUUGUCUUUACACAUCCUCUUGCUUGUCUCUCUCUUUAGAUUGUCUUCACCAUCACAGAGGAAGAAAAAGUGCACAUUCCCUUGCUGCUCAGCCCUUAUUCCUACACCACCUACAGGGGAAGCUAG